AUGGCCGGGGUUAACGUAAAGAUGUUAAACAUCGGCUUCUCGAUGAGUGACAAAGCUGAUAAUACGGAGCAUGUAAGAUCGCUUCUUCGGACUUGCCGCGCCCUGCUCGACAAAUACCGGAAGAGCCCGUCCGAGUUUGACCUGGACGAUGCUUUCUUUGCGGUGCAGGACGCCUUGAUUAUCGCUAGCGACCCGGGUGUCUGUGAGUAUCCCCCCCUUGCGACCUGCUACCUCUACAAGGGCCACGUCCUAUGGAUCAUGAAGAAAUACCAAGAGGCCCAAAACGCGUACCGACGCGCGUCGAAGACGCUCGGCAAUGGGCCCGCUGACCGUAAGGCUUCGGAACAAGCUCUUUCCUUUGCGGCGGUGGUAGACCAGAAAGUUCGAGAUGAGAAACGGAAAGGUGGUAUGUGGGCAGAGACUUACGACUUGGACUUUCCAGACAUUGAUAGUUGGAUCCCAAGCCUUGAUGACUCCCAUGACGAGAAGCCGACUAAUAGCGACUUCCAUUAUGCUUGCCCCCCUAUCCAAAAGGUGGAGGCCAGGAGAACCCCUCGUAUCGACGCACCUGAGUUUCCUCAUAGACCCGUUCAACCUACUCCAUGCUACGAAGCUAUGAUUCAAGAACUAGUUCCCUCUAGCCCUGGGACCAGAAAGCUUAGAAGUAUGCGCGGACGGCAGAUAGAUUCAACUAGUUUUCAUGACCACUAG